UCUCCUCAUUUCCUGUUUUACCUUCCUUUCCUCCCCUUUUCGUUCCUUACCUCCUCGUUUCCUUCUUCAUACCUGUCAGUCUUCUUGGAUCAGAAACAUUAAGAUAUAACAAUAUAAACUAUUGUGCAGACUUCCUGUUGUCACGGGGUGUGUGUGGACCCAAAUGUAGGCACAGACCAGGGAUUAUAGGUGAAAGGUUUAUUGACAGGAAACCAAGGGGGGGGGGGGGGGGAGAUGACCAAAGCACCGCGAGAAAAUCCAGGGAGGGUGAGGGUGGAAUCCAGGCAGGAGGAGGUAGGGCAGGGCAGGCAGACUGGGGAACCAGGAGGAUGAAAAAAACUGCAGGAACAGAGAGACAGGGUUAAAGCACUGAAAAACCACUUGAGAGAAAACUCUGAAUUAUCUUCAAACAGAGCAGCCAUGAACUACUAGCUACCACGUGAGCUGUAAACAACGAUCUGGCGAAGAGUAGAUGAGGAACCGGGGUAGAUAUACUGUUGGGUUGAUGAGUUGAUGGAGUGCAGCUGGUUUGACUGGCCAGGUGAGGUGAGUUGUAAUUAGGAAGCCGGGAGGAGCCCAGGUCGGAGCCCUGCCCAUAUGAUACAAACACACACACACACACACAGGACAAGCAGGAGGCACGGCCUGGCCGUGACGGUUGUCUCUCUAACAUCCUCAGUAGUAGUACUGUGUGUUGUUGCUGAUAUCAAUAAAGCUUCAGUGGAUUGAUUGUAACCUGUUAAUCCCUCAGAUUAGCACUCUGUCAGCAGAUUAGCUGUGUGCUGUUAAUCUCUUUGUGCUGCAGUUUCUCCAUCAGUCGACAUGUGGAACAGAAGGAACACGGUCCUGCUCUCAGUGCUGCUGGCUCUGUCAGCGUCGGCCUUCGUGGAGGAGCUCGAUGAUUCAUUCAUGGAGAGGAGAGGAGCCGACGACAUCUGGCUCAUUAAGUUCUACGCCCCUUGGUGUUCAUUCUGUAAACAGCUGGAUCCGGUUUGGCAUCAGAUCGGAUCAGAACUCAGGAGUCUCGGCUCUCCGGUCAACGUCGGGAAAUCAGACGCCACAGCCAGCACCGGUUUGGCAAAAGAGUUUAAGGUCCGAGGUUAUCCAGCCAUCCUCAUGUUGAAGAAAGAUGUGAAAUAUAAUUAUUCAGGACCAAGAACCAAAGAUGGAAUCCUGGACUUUGCUAAUCGAGUUGGAGGGCCGCUGGUUCGAUCUCUCAUCAGUCUGCAGCUCUUCCAACACGCCAUAAACCGCCAUGAUGUCAUGUUUGUUUAUGUUGGAGCUACAUCACAGCUGAAGGGAAACUACACGUCAGCAGCAGAAGAACUGAUCGUUCACACGUUCUUCUUCUCUUCAUCCAGAGACGUCCUGCCAAAGGUGGUGUCCCUCUCAACUCUGCCGGCUGUGGUUGUUUUUAAAGAUGGAACCUACUUCACCUUUGACGAGGAACUUGACGGUGAUCUGAAGUCGUGGAUCAACAGAGAACGUUUCCCAAACUACCUGAGGAUCGACAGCUACACUCUGUACGCUAUGGGAGAGUCAGGUAAACUGGUGGUGUUGGCGCUGGUGGAGGAGAAGACACCGUGUGAGGAGAGCGUGAGGUACAAAGGUCUUGUGGAGAAAGUGUCUGCAGACUACAGAGAGUUCUACAGCAGAAACUUCUACUUUGGUUUCAUGGAAGGAAGUGACUACAUCAAUGGACUCGUGAUGGGUGAGGUGGUGGUGCCCUCCUUCAUCGUGGUGAAUCUGUCCAGCGACGGCUACUUCCUGCCUCUGGUCGCUGUAAAGACGGAGCGCCACCUACUGGACUUCCUGAACGGGGUUCUGGAUGGCAGCAUCCAGUUUCAGGGAGGAAACGGCGUCUAUCAGCGCGCCAGACGUUUCGUCUAUGACAUCAAAGUCACACUGACUCCCGUGUUCAGCCAGACUCCGCUGCUCGGCUGCUUCCUGGUUGGCUUCCCGAUCGCCAUCGUUGCCGUCUUCUUCUACUUCUGCUGUAGGAACCGACCCACCGUGUCUGACGACGACGACGAUGACCACACGAAACGGUCCAACAAAAAGUCUGACUGAUGAGGCGGAUCAGGAGGAGGACCGUCGACUAAAAGGGAUGCAGACUUUAGAUCCAGAAUAGUUUACCAUCAUCUCUUUUGUCUUUGACCUGAGAUCAAAUAAAACACUUCAACCCAGUC